AUGAGGAUGUUCUUUUUGACCUUCACAUGCGCCCUGUCGGUGCUGACAGCUUCCACCGAGACGGAGGCGCGGACCAUAAAGUACGAGACAUUCGAGGAGGAUGCUCCCGGUACCGUGAUCGGUAACUUGGCCAAGGACUUAUCCGUCACCCUGACUAUGGGGGGCAAGGCGAACUUCCGGAUGAUGAAACAGUUUAAUUCUUCUUUUAUCCGACUGCGGGAGUAUGACGGUCAGUUGACCAUCGGGGAGAGGAUCGACAGGGAGAAGAUCUGUAAGCAUCAAGUUCAGUGUCUGAUCGCCUUUGACGUGGUCAGUUUUUCCAAGGAACAGUUUAAACUGGUGCACGUGGAGGUGGAGGUGAAGGACAUCAAUGACAACUCGCCUCAGUUCUCCCGGCGGGAAUCCACGCUCGAGAUCUCCGAGAACACGGCGGUGGGCACGCGCAUCCCUCUGGACGUGGCGGCGGAUGAGGACGUGGGCACGAACUACAUCUCGAGCUACCAGAUCUCCGUUAACAGCCACUUCACCAUCGAUGUGCUGAGCCGCGCGGACGGGGUUAAAUAUGCGGAGCUCGUGCUCAUGAAAGAACUGGACCGCGAGACGCAGGCGUCCUACGCGCUCGAGCUGACGGCGGCCGACGGGGGGAACCCAUCCAGAACCGGCAGCACGCGGGUCAACGUCAAGGUGAAAGACUACAACGACAACAGUCCCGUGUUCGACCGUAACAACUUCUCCGUGGAUCUACCGGAGGAUUCUCCCGUAGGCACCCUGCUGCUGGACCUGAACGCGGUGGACCCCGACGAGGGGCUUAACGGAGAGGUGGUGUACGCCUUCGGUAACCAGGUGUCCACGGAGAUCCGCCAACUCUUCAAAGUGGACCGCAAGUCGGGCAGGCUGACGCUGGAGAGCCCCGUGGACUUCGAGAGCAAGAAGACCUACGAGUUUGACGUGCAGGCUCGCGACCUGGGACCCAACCCGAGCCCCGCCACCGUCUGCAAGAUCGUCAUCCAGGUGCAAGACGUGAACGACAACGCGCCCGAGAUCAGCAUCACGCCAAUGACCUCUAUCUCCGGUACCGCCGGCAGCUCUAUCGCCUACAUCACGGAGGCCGCCGCCAAGGACAGCUUCGUGGCUCUCGUCAGCACCGCGGACCGGGACUCCGGUAGUAACGGACAGGUGCACUGCACCCUGUACGGCCACGAGCACUUCAAGCUGCAGCAGGCGUAUGAGGACAGCUACAUGGUGGUGACCACGGCGCCGCUAGACCGCGAGAGGAUCCCGGAGUACAACCUGACGGUGGUGGCGGAGGAUUUAGGAUCUCCGCCGUUCAGGACCGUCACGCAGUACACCAUACGACUCAGCGACGAGAACGACAACGCGCCCGUGUUCAGCAAGCCCGUGUACGAGGUGUCGGUGGCGGAGAAUAACGCGCCCGGUGCCUACAUCACCACGGUGGUGGCGCGCGACUCCGACCUGGCGCACAACGGCAAGGUGACCUACAAGCUCGUGGACGCCUACAUCAUGGGCUCCCCGGUGUCCACGUGGGUGUCGCUGGACCCCGACACGGGCUCCCUGUACGCGCUGCGGAGCUUCAACUACGAGGUCAUUAAGCAGCUGGACCUGCGCGUGCAGGCGACCGACGGCGGCUCGCCACAGCAGCUGCACGGCAGCGCGAGCAUCAGUCUGAGGAUAGUGGACCAGAACGACAACGCACCCACCGUCACGCAACCCGCGCUCCACAACGGCUCGGCGGAGGUCCUGUUACCUCGAGACGCGCCGCAGGGCUACGUCAUCACGCAGAUCACGGCCCGGGACGCGGAUGAAGGCGCCAACUCGGACCUCUCCUACAGGAUCACCGAUACGGAACCGAAACAGGCAUCCUCCUUCUUCUCCAUCAACAAAGCCAGUGGCGAGAUCUACCUCAACCAUCAACUCCACUACGACCUUGUAGCCGCGGGUGACACCGACGCCCUCUGCGUGACAGUGACGGUGAGUGACAACGGCAGACCCGCACUGACGUCCACCGCCACUAUCCACUUGACCGUUAUCGCCGGGGCUCCCCCGAGCGACCGCGCGGUCUACCGGAACAGUGGGAUGGGUGCUGAGGAGGCGGCCACGUGGGACUUGUCAAUCAUCAUCAUCGUGGUGCUGGCGGGGAGCUGCACGCUCCUUCUGCUCGCCAUCAUCCUCAUCGCCACCACGUGCGGUAAACGGAAGCCGCCGGUCAAGAGAGGGCAUGUGGGGCACGAGUUCGACCUGGACAAGGACGGUCACGGCGGCGGCAUGCUGGGCGCGCGGGAGGGCGGCAGGAACAACAGCGGUCAGCUGAUCCCGAUCCACAGCAGCGAGAACGUGUUCGACGGUGGACACGCGCACCCGUACGCCAACCAGACGCCGUUCGGUGGCACCCUACCGGCGGGCAGCGACACGUGCUCCACCUCCGAGGACGGUACCGAGACCACCUGCACCUACGAGUCGGACAGCACGAGACACCAACACGGCGCCAAACUCGAGGGCUAUUCCACGUUGCCCGGAUACGGCAAGGAGACGCUGCGGCCAAUCACCAUCUGGAAAGGCAACUCCUUCACCACCAUCUCCGCGCGCGACCCGCAGUUCAGCGGGAAGGACAGCGGGAAAGGAGACAGCGACUUCAACGACAGCGACUCGGAUAUCAGUGGAGACGGGCUGAAGAAGGAGCAGCACCAGGGGAACAACGCACACAAUGGUCUGUGGGCGUGCACCAGUGAGUGUAAGAUCUUGGGCCACUCGGACCGCUGUUGGAGCCCCAGCGCCACGCGCCACCACAACGCCAACUCUGCACACGGGCAGCAGCACCCGCACCCGCACCCCCCGCAGCACCAGCCGCAGCACCAGCCGCCUCACCUCUCCUCCUUCUCCUCCAAGACCGCCUCCCUCCCCCGGGACGCCUCGGCGGCCGCGCGCAGAGACAACUACUACACGGCGGCGCACGCAGCUCAGGCCCAGAUCCCCAAGACCACGGGGCUGCAGAGCGUCUACGAGAAGGUGCUCCACCGCGAGUUCGACUACAUGCUGGUCAACAACAGCAGCCCUGCCAGAGCGGCCGCCACCACCGCAGGGGUUCCGGUCCAGGAGAUGAACGACGUCACCAUCCCCAUCCCCAUCCCCAUGGCAACGCAUCUUCACCUCCAUGACAACACCAUCCCCAUCUCCAUGCCUGUUUACUCCCCCACCACCACGUGCUGCGACAGCGAGGACGUUUGA